AUGGUCAACGACUCUUUCAUGACGGACAACUACCACCCUGCUCACGAUACGGCGGUCUACAACGCCCGUUCUGAACCCAACAACGUCGACCCAUUCAGCGACCCACCCAAUGGCAAGUCGACUAACACCUUUAAUGCCACAGGCGUCGCGUCGAUCGAUGGAACGCCAUUCGCACCCCCAAGCAGUGGCCACCUCGACGCGCUUACGACACCACGUAACCCGUCCAUCUUCCCUCCUUCCAAUGCAUACGAUUACGACCUCUCCACGCGUGGUCCGUUCCAAUCACCUCUACGCCGCGUACCAGGUCCAGUAGGUGCAGGUGAGGAUGGAGGUUCGAACCAGACCACACCGACUGCCGCGAACAAAGGGAAGACACCGAAGCCACACCUUCCUCGGCGCCGACCAACCACGCUCUUGCUCUCUCCCCAUCGUCGUACUUCUCCUGGUUCAGCAAAGAGCCACGCGAGCAGCACCAGUCGAAGAGCCCGGAUCUACUCGAAUCAGGGUGUCGGUGGGUUGACUUCGCCCUCGCCUACUCGUUCGCGAGUCAGUCCGCGCCGGGUCACUCCCCGCUCUCCUUCGACGCCGCGCAUCCUCAAGAAGACGGUUUCUCCCAACCCGAAGGCGAUCUCGUUGGGUGUGUUGGGUAGGAUUCCGAUGGGGAUGGUGUUCAAGAAGCUGAAGCCCUUGAAGAGAGGCCUGAAGAGUGUCGGGAAGAGGAGCUCCAAGUGCGAAACGAGUGGAGGCGGCGCGGGUGAAGCGGGAGGGACAGAUAGGGACGUGGAUAUCGACUUGGAAUUGAAGCCCUGGGACACCGACGUGGACGUCGAGAUUGCAGAUUCGGCACCUCUUCAAGGGUUCGCGCUUGCGCAGGCCCAGUCGAUGGAGAAGAUGCGACACUCCAGCAGUCGUCUUCGAGAUCCUGACCACGACGAUCUAUUCGACGACGACGAUGGAGAAGAGGGAGAGGUGCCAGCGGAGGAACCAGAGCCCUAUUCCCCGAUGCCCAUCUCCCCACUCGCACCCGACAUGACGAGCACCAACCCAAACAUCCUGUCCACCACCGCAGCACUGCGUGAUCUGGGGUUGGUCGACGCUCGACAGGGCGCCCCAGGUGCCUACGUGAGCAUGGAGGACAUCGACCAGUUCGACGAUAGCCGAAGCCAUUAUCACCCGACAGAGCUCGGCGCCGUCGACGAGGAUUCGGAGAUGUCGCAGCCCACCACCCCCUCAGCCUCCACAUGCCUCUCCGCUCCUCUCUCCCCCACGACCAACGUCAGCAUCAGCCCCACCGUCAGCAUCAGCAGUAGCAUGCGACGCGCCCACAGCAAAGGUAAAGCGUUGAGGGUCUUGGGAUACGAGGUCUACCAGGCGUACAACGGGAAGCCGUACGCCAGCGGUGUGCGUGGUAUUGGCGACGGAGGAAGUGGCAGGAGUUUGCGGGGGGUCGGUGGCGGGGAUAAGCCUAAGCGGAUGGGGAUCCCUGGUAUCAUGGACCAUGGUAGGAUGAGGAAGGCGCGUAGGGUCUAG